GAACCCUCACCGGGCCGAAACGAACCGAGCCACGCGCAGCCGAACCAAACCGAGCCUCCACGAAGCAGCGCCGAGUAGCGCCGAGCAUAGACGAAUCUAGCCGAGCCCCUCCCAGAUCCAACCCGAACCCUCGCCGAGACGAGAGCAGCCGAACACAACCGAGAGUAUCCGAGCGCACCCGAGUGGCCCCGAAUCCAGCCGAGGGGUUUUGGCCAUGACGGAGGUGACCAAGCGCAUCCUGGUGACAGGUGGCACCGGCUUGGUGGGCAGAGCCAUCGAGAAGGUGGUGGCCGAUGGAGAGGGGCGGCCGGACGAGGAGUGGAUCUUUGUGUCCUCCCGAGACGCCGACUUGACGAGCAGCUCCGAGACCAAAGCCCUGUUUGAGAGGCACAAGCCCACCCACGUCAUCCACCUGGCCGCCAUGGUCGGAGGCCUCUUCAAAAACCUCCGCUCCAACCUGGAUUUUUGGAGGACAAACAUCCACAUCAACGACAACGUUCUGCACUCGGCCCACGAGUCGGGGGUGCAGAAGGUGGUCUCCUGCCUCUCCACCUGCAUCUUCCCGGACAAGACCACCUAUCCCAUUGACGAGACCAUGAUCCACAACGGGCCGCCUCAUAGCUCCAACUUUGGCUACUCCUACGCCAAGAGGAUGAUUGACGUCCAGAAUAGGGGUUAUUCCGAGCAGCACGGCCGACGCUUCACCGCUGUCAUUCCCACCAACGUCUUCGGGCCGCACGACAACUUCAACAUCGAGGACGGCCACGUCCUGCCAGGGCUCAUCCACAAGGUCUACCUGGCCAAACAGUCCGGCUCUGCUCUGACCGUCUGGGGAACGGGCAGGCCCAGGAGACAGUUCAUCUAUUCCCUGGACCUGGCCCGACUUUUCCUUUGGGUCCUGCGGGAAUACGAUGAGGUGGAACCAAUCAUUUUGUCAGUGGGAGAAGAAGAUGAAGUCUCCAUCCGGGAAGCGGCAGAGGCCAUCGCAGAGGCCAUGGAAUUCAGGGGAGAGCUCAUUUUUGACACCACCAAGUCCGACGGGCAGUUCAAGAAGACGGCCAGCAAUGCCAAGCUCCGGCGGUACCUGCCCGGAUUCCAGUUCACUCCUUUCAGGAAAGCCGUGAAGGAAACCUGUGCCUGGUUCAACGCCAACUAUGCCAACGCCAGGAAGUGACGGCCCCGGGACUGGCGUCACCCGGCACCGGGAUCAUCCUCUUCAACUCAGGGUUGUCCUUUGCUGGGGCAGAGGACGGGGCUGGGGCGGUGACAGUGACAUUUCCAAAGUAAAAACUGGAGCCCGGGAAGCAGCUCCCACAUCCUGCCCCGCUGCUGGGAGCGGCGCAGGACGCCCAGGGCAGCGGGGAGGAAGGUUGGGGCGUCCCAAAAAGAUCCCGAAUCAAGUGUUAGGAGCCAACUGGAGCCAUCGCUGUGGCUUUGUCCAGGAGGGUGGUGGCUCUGAGCUGUUAAUGAGCUACACUAAUUACCUGCAAUUAGGCGUAAUAAAGGGAAGGCAAUCAGGAUUCCAGGGCAUGGAAAUGGCAGCAGGGAAUUUGCUGCUGCUCUUGGCACAUGGGGAUGAUCCCACAGCCCCCCAUCUCAGGAUAGGAAUGGGAAAGACUCCAGAUGUAAAUGUGGCAUUUAUUAAAAUAUAUGCAAAUGGCAUAAAA